GAUGAUUUUCACUCGACGCGCCACCGGCGCGAUUCCAAUUUGUUUGUCUUCGUUGUUACAAAAACAUUUUCGACGGACAGUGCAUCGAGAUUAGCGCUUUCGAGAAGACACACCUCUUCGAGAAAUUCGAUUUUCUCGAAUUUCAAUUUUGAAUUUAAUUCGGUUCCCUUCUCUCUUGACACUUGACGAGCAUCAAGAUCGAGCAUCAGGCUAGUACCGAGGGUGAUUCUCUCUUUACUCGAUUGCAUUUUUUUGCGAAUACCAAUAUGACGAUCUCGGUGGUCGACACCACCCUCGCGGACAUAGAGAAGAGGACGAUCACGAAUUACGCCCGGCGCAAUCGUCUUCGCAUCUGGCUCGCCUGGAUCUACGGCGGCAUCUUCCUGGCGAGCUUCGCCUGCUUCUACACGAUCUGGUUCACGGACACGUUCGACAACUAUCUGACAUCGCAGAUGGAGUUACGAAACGGCAGCAACACCUUCGACUGGUGGAUACGCCCGCCCGUCAAGUCCAAAUACAGGAUCUACGUUUUUAAUUACACGAACGUGGACGAGUUCGAGGCGGGCGAAGCGAGCAAGCUGCGCGUUCAAGAGGUCGGCCCCUACAUUUACCAGGAGACGUUGACCCGCGUCAACGUGGCCUUGCAAGAGGACAACGGUACGGUCACCUUUCAGGACAAGAGGUCCUACGAGUGGAUAGGCGGCAGGCCGGACAACGAUACCGUCGUGGUGCCGAAUGUGCCGUUGAUGUCCGUCACCGCGUACGUCCGGGACUGGAACGUCAUGCUGCGACUAUCCGUCAACAUGAUGCUGGCGAGCCUGCAAGAGCGCACGUUCGUCAAGGAGACCGCCGGCGGUUUCAUCUGGGGAUACGACACCGAACUCUUUCACAUGCUCAAGCCGAUAAUAAUGCUCCAGCAAGACAUAUCCUUCGACAAAUUCGGCAUAUUGGCUAUAAAAAAAGGUAUCGAUAAGGAUCGUAUCACGAUGCGCACGGGAUCGCGAGGGAUGGACAGUGUUGGGAUGAUCGAGCGAGUAAACGGGGUAAAUAACCGGCACAUUUGGAAUGACGAGCGAUGUGAUAAAAUCAGCGGAACCGACGGCAGCAGAUUUCCAGCCUAUUUGUUAAAGGACACAAAUCAAACUCUAAGCAUGUAUUUAAAGGAGAUUUGCAGGAUGGUACCUUUACAUUUCGCCGAAAAGACCAUCACCCACGGCAUACCUUCUUUAAGGUAUAAAGUUACACCUGACGUGUAUAACUUUUCGUACGAGCAAAACAAGUGUUUUUGCCCAAAAGUAGACGGCACCAGAGUCUGUCCGCCUGCGGGAAUCUUCAAUGUGUCCGCGUGUCUGUACGGCGUACCUUUUCUCUCAUCGUUUCCGCAUUUUUAUGGUGGCGACAAAUCUCUAUUGGAGCAUGUAGACGGCCUGAAUCCUCGGCAGGAAGUUCAUGAGAGCUACAUGGAUAUACAUUCGCGUUUAGCGGCUCCCGUCGGUGGUUGGUCGAGAAUUCAAAUAAACGUGGAGGUUCGAAAGGCGAAUGCUGUGCCAUUCCUCGGAAGAUUGAAAGACGGCACAAUUCUUCCGCUUAUCUGGGUCGAGGCCGGGGUAGAUGAACUUCCGGCACAAGUAUUAGAAGCCUUGAAGGCCGCGCAUUUCACAGCAGCCAAUGUGGAGAUGACCUUACAGUGGGGCAGUGUGAUAAUAAUGAUACUUUCCUUGAGUGCAAUAAUUGCCUGUCUCUGGAAACAUUGCGUGGAACGGAACAUGAAAAUCCGUAAAAAGUCGUUCAUUUCGAACAAUAUUCUCGUCCACGCGGAACAACCUUCUCGAAUCGCGUUGAUUAAAAAUUGAGACUCGGAAGGAAGGAAAGAAAGCGGAGAUCAUUAAAAGAAGAAGAAAAAAAAGAAUUCCGAAAUAAUACGGAGAUCUCAAAGACAUUAAAAAUCUAUUUUUUUAGAUAUUUUGAAGUUUUUAAAUACCUCUUAGAAUCUUCGUGCUUGAAUUCGGCUCGAGACAAUGGAUGCAGAUUGUUAAUUAUUCGUAGAGAAUUCUCAUCUUCAUCUAGGAUUUAGUAACGUUAAUAAUGAUUGUUGUGUAAUUAGAAUAUACUGGUAAACUGUGUUAAUUCGAUUCGCACGCGAAAGAUUCUAUCAUUGCGAAGGACGUGAUAAUGAAAAUUGACAGGUCUUUCGAUCAAGACACGGAAACAUCUCUCAUCCGCGUGAAUGUUUUGUUAACAAAAUAUCUACCAAGCGAACUUUGAAUCUCACGAAUAAAACGAGAUUACUUUCGUUUUAUUUAUCAAAGAAAAAAAUUUCAUGAAAAGGACGAGAAUUGACAUAAAAAAUUCUAAGGAACAACAAUCUAAAAGAUCUCUCUUUUAUUUCCAUUUCGUAGGAAAUAGAUUUACGUGCAAUUACUUACUGCGUUCCGGAAAUAAACCAGCGAAAUAAGCACAGCUGGAUGGGAUAUCUGUUGAUUACUCGCUGGAAUUGGACUUCAUUUUUAUUCGGGGUGCGAUAGAGAAUCGAUUCGAGGACGGGCGUAAAGUCCGCGAGAAGGUCGGUGAACCAGUAGUUCCUACAGCAUGUUGACGUACCGUUGUUGCACCGUGAGAAAGAGAGAGGGACACGCCCGCAACGCGGCCAAAGUUUGUUGAUUGAGACUUUAGUGCAUCGGGAAUAACGUGUAAUUAUGCCGUUGCGAUCCGUCGAGGAUUGCGGCAUUCCGCGUCUCGUCAUUUGAUUAUUACCUGGCGGUGUCGCCGACCGCGACGGCGCGUUACGCGCGGUAAUAAUGUCGCACCGACCGUAAUGAACGACCGUACUUAAUUAAGCGGUGACGACAGUACGUAUUACAUACGACCGUUCAAACGAAAACUCGCCGUUUAGGCUAUUUUAACGAUAGAUUGUAAGUUUUCUUUCAUUGGGGGUCCGCGAUAUUCAUUAAUCCCUUCUAUGCAUAGGUGUAUCCAUAGGUGGGAGGAGGGGGGGGAGUUCAAAUCCCCGAGAAUUAAAAAAAAAAAUUAAAGUUAUGAUUUACAAAAUCUAAUAUUUUUUUUUCAUUCAAAAUCAAGAAACAAUGAGAUAUUCUAAGCUCUAAAAUAUCUCGAAAAGUAAUUUAUUUGUGCAAAAAAAGUCAUCUGUUUGUAUAUUAACAGAAUUGCUAACUCCCUCCCUUUAAAAAAAAAUCCUAGAUACGCCUAUGGUGCUACGUAUUUGCGUUUUCAAGCGCAAAAGGCGAGGCGAGAAAAGACAAGAGUUCUCCAUCACAAGAACACUAUUCGAUAUGUAGCCUUGCGAUAUUACGGGAAACCAUAUGGUACGCACUACGUACUUUUUUACUUUGCUGUAUUGAUUUUUAUUUUAAUAUACAACGUUCGAUAGAUCUCUUUUUACUUUUUUUUUUUUUUCUAGCAUAUUUACAACUAUUCCUACGACGGAUCUAUACUUACCUCACUUCGGAAAUUAUCCUUCCGCGGUUAUGAUCAAUCACGGUAAUUCACGCGAAUCGCUCGUCGCGCUUGAUCUAUCGCUAAUUCGUCUACAUGUGUACAAGCAGAUUUCUGAUCCGUCGCUCAUUAACUCACUUUGAUAACCCUUGCUUCGAACGAGCGAAAUAAAUUCUCUCGAUUCCUUUGAGCAAAAAAACUCGUUUUCGUAUCAGUGCGAAUACCAUCUACACGCAUCUACAUCCGUCCGUCAUGGUGUACGUGGGUGAUAAACGCGUAAUGAUGAUGCGUGUAAUAAUACGUCUGCGUGUUGCAAUCGCGCGAGUGACGUGUGGGAGUGGAAUGAUGGUCAACACCAAAUCGACCUGUCGUCACAAUAAUCAAUUCUAAUCGUAUAUUUCUUUCCUCAUUCCUCCUGCAUUCAUCGCACCCGGACGAAUUUUCGAAUCCGUCCCAUUCUUCACCGCGAGAAGAACAGGAUGAAAGAGAAAGCACGAAAAAGUCCCAGGACGAAAGAGAAGAGACACGCGAGAAACAAGACGUGAGCAAUACGUGAGGGUUCCUAUUCCUUUCUCUCUCUUUCUCUCCCUCUCUUCUUUCUCUCUCCCUCUCAUUCUUUCAGAUCUCUAAUUUAUAAAUAUAAAUCGGUUCGGUGCAAAAAGAUCGUCAGAUCUUAUCAAGUGAAGAUAUAAAAGUAAAUUUCGAA